GUUCCGGCGCUGGCGUUCGCGACCUGGCUUCAGUGUUCGCCGCGAUGCCGACUGCUCCAGUGGCGACGCUCAUCUGCGAUCACACUGCUGACUUUUUGCCGAUCCACGUUGACAACGUGGCCGCGGCGCUCGCUUGGUGCGGAGAUGCGAUCGCUCGUUGCACAACCGCCCAAGGAGUUAAAAGUAUCGUUAACAGCAUCAAACACCGUAAGAUUACAUUAUCGUCGAGUUUCUCUGGCGUGGGCACGGACAAGUUGGCCACUGAUAUCAUACAGGCAACAUUCGAAAAGUACAUUCAUGGUCACAACAACGGCGACACAGCUCACGUCGCCAAGUUCGAGCACCUCUGGGCCAUCGAGCGCGACAAUGCUUGUCAGGCCGACUGCCAGAUCGGUCGUGGAGACGAGCGAAACGCCAACUACAUUCGCACGCGGAUCCCAGGGGCCAAGGCGAACAAUUUUGCAUAUUGCUCCGCCCACGAUUGCAUGUGCGAGCCCGCGAUGUGCCUGGUGACCACUGGAGGUAAUCCUUGCAAAGACCACAGCCAGUACGGCCGCUUGCUUCGCGCGAAGGGCAGCAACGCCAAGUACUUCUACGCCUGGAUCAUGAUGAG